GUGGAAGCCUCCUGGCUCCCAAGAGGAAACCCCUCUCAUCCCAGGCCAAGGCAGAAGGUCAAGGGGAGACAAAAGUCAGCCCAGCCCCCUACCAGCCAGGCAGUAAUCCAUCAAGACUGAAGGGGACAGGCCCUGUGGUGGCAGCGCUUCAGAGAGACCCCUGCACACCAGGGUCAGCGCAGGAGCCCGGUCACUGAGCCAUGCUGGGCCCCGGGUGGCCUGCAGCGAGCCUAACCCCGGCACCCACAUAGUCAUGAACAGCCACAGCCACAAUGGCUGUGGGGGGCGGCCGCCGGGCAGCGGGCUGGGUGCCCUGGGCAGAGACCCUUCGGAGCCCGAGGCCGGCCACCCCCCCCAGCCCCCACGUGGCCCAGGCCUCCAGGUGGUGGUGGCCAAAGGCGAGCCAGCCCAAUCCUCACCUGGCAGUCCCCGUGGGCAGCCCCAGGACCAAGAAGAAGAGGAAGACGAUGAAGAGGAUGAGGCAGGCGGGAGGAGGGACUCGGGGAAGGUUCCGAACGUGGGCCACCGCCUGGGCCACCGGCGGGCGCUCUUCGAGAAGCGGAAGCGCCUCAGUGACUACGCCCUUAUCUUUGGCAUGUUCGGCAUUGUCGUCAUGGUGACUGAGACGGAGCUGUCCUGGGGCGUCUACAGCAAGGAGUCCCUGUACUCGUUCGCACUCAAAUGCCUCAUCAGCCUCUCCACGCUCAUCCUGCUGGGCCUGGUCGUCCUCUAUCACGCCCGGGAGAUCCAGCUGUUCAUGGUGGACAACGGGGCAGAUGACUGGCGCAUCGCCAUGACGUGCGAGCGCGUCUUCCUCAUCUCUCUGGAGCUGGCCGUGUGCGCCAUCCACCCGGUGCCGGGGCACUACCGCUUCACGUGGACGGCGCGGCUGGCCUUCACGUACGCGCCGUCGGCAGCUGAGGCCGACGUGGAUGUGCUGCUCUCUGUCCCCAUGUUCCUGCGCCUCUACCUGCUGGGCCGCGUCAUGCUGUUGCACAGCAAGAUCUUCACGGAUGCCUCGAGCCGCAGCAUCGGCGCCCUCAACAAGAUCACCUUCAACACGCGCUUUGUCAUGAAGACGCUCAUGACCAUCUGCCCGGGCACCGUGCUGCUCGUCUUCAGCAUCUCCUCCUGGAUCAUCGCCGCCUGGACCGUGCGCGUCUGCGAGAGGGAAAACAUGUACCACGACAAGCAGGAAGUGACCAGCAACUUCUUGGGAGCCAUGUGGCUCAUCUCCAUCACCUUCCUCUCCAUCGGCUAUGGCGACAUGGUGCCCCACACCUACUGCGGGAAGGGCGUGUGCCUGCUCACCGGCAUCAUGGGGGCCGGCUGCACAGCACUUGUGGUGGCCGUGGUGGCCCGGAAACUGGAGCUCACCAAGGCAGAGAAACACGUGCACAACUUCAUGAUGGACACUCAGCUCACCAAGCGGGUAAAAAAUGCCGCUGCUAACGUUCUCAGGGAGACGUGGCUCAUCUACAAACACACGAGGCUGGUGAAGAAGCCAGACCACGCCCGGGUUCGGAAACACCAGCGUAAGUUCCUCCAAGCCAUCCAUCAAGCUCAGAAGCUCCGGAGUGUGAAGAUUGAGCAGGGGAAGCUGAAUGACCAGGCCAACACUCUCGCCGACCUGGCCAAGACCCAGAACGUCAUGUACGACCUCAUGUCCGAGCUGCACGCCCAGCAUGAGGAACUUGAGGCCCGCCUGGCCGCCCUGGAAAGCCGCCUGGACGCGCUGGGCACCUCCCUGCAGGCCCUGCCCGGCCUCAUCGCCCAAGCCAUACGCCCGCCCCCCCCACCCCUGCCCCCCCGGCCUGGCCCCGGAGCCCUGGACCAGGCAGCCCGGAGCCCCCCGUGCCGGUGGCCGCCCAUGGCCCCUUCAGACUGCGGGUGACAGCUCUUUCCACCACCAGACCCCUCAAUCUUGGCCAUCGUGUGGCCGCCACCUCCACGCCAUCCGGGAGGCCCUGUACAGUGGCGCCUCUUGGAGUUCAAGGAGCCGAAGCUGAGUUGGGCCGAGUAGACCAGGGCCCUCUUCACCCAGAGCGUCUGGGCAGAAGGCAGGGCUGGACCGCAGGCGAGGGCAGGGGCGGGCCACCGUCCGCUUCCUCCCUGAAUGGAGCCAGGAGAGAGCCGGGAGUUUCCUCUGGCCCCCUGGCCCCCCUGACUUUCCCUAGGCCCCUGGUGGGCACAGAGCAACCAGGAGAGGGGUCCUUGCCGGUUCUCAAUAAAGCAGGACCCACCCA